CGGCAGCCACGCGCCGCUGGCCGCGAGCUGCUCGGGGGGUGUCGGGGCGGCCGUUACCCGCGGGCCAGAGGGGACGCUGAAGGGACCCGGCGGGGACCCAGCGGGCGGCUGAGCGGGGCUCAUGGCCGCGUCCAACCGGAUGGCGCUGGGGCCAUUGGUGGGCUCCAUCGAUCAGGGCACCAGCUCCACUCGCUUCCUGGUUUUUAAUGCUAAAACAGCAGAGCUCUUGAGUCACCAUCAAGUUGAGAUAAAUCAGAAAUUCCCUAAAGAAGGAUGGGUAGAACAAGAUCCAAAGGAUAUAUUAAGGUCUGUUCAUGAAUGUGUGGAAAAGACCUGUGAGAAACUGCAGAAACUGAACAUAGACAUCACUAACAUUAAAGCCAUUGGAGUCAGCAAUCAGAGAGAAACAACAGUGGUUUGGGACAGAGUAACUGGAGAACCUCUUCAUAAUGCUAUUGUAUGGCUUGACCUGAGAACACAGUCAACUGUUGAACGGCUUCUUAAAAAAAUUCCAGGAAGAAACAAAGCCUAUUUUCAGUCUAAGACUGGUCUUCCAAUUAGCACUUAUUUUAGUGCAGUGAAACUUAGGUGGCUUUUGGAUAAUGUGGAAGCGAUUAGGAAAGCAGCUGAUAAUGGCAGAGCUCUAUUUGGGACCAUUGAUUCUUGGCUUAUAUGGAGUUUGACAGGUGGAAAGAAUGGAGGAAUCCACUGUACAGAUGUAACCAAUGCCAGUAGAACAAUGUUGUUCAACAUUCAUUCCUUGGAAUGGGAUUCUGAUCUCUGCCAAUUCUUCAAUAUUCCGAUGGAUAUGCUUCCAAAAGUACGAAGCUCCUCUGAGAUUUAUGGCCUGAUGAAAAUCUGUUCUAGCCUGAAAUCUGGAGCUUUGACAGGUGUACCAAUUUCUGGGUGUUUGGGUGACCAGUCUGCUGCUCUUGUUGGGCAAAUGUGUUUUCAAGAUGGACAGGCAAAAAAUACGUAUGGAACAGGAUGUUUCUUGCUGUGCAAUACAGGUCAGAAGUGUGUGUUUUCUGAGCAUGGUCUUUUAACCACAAUAGCUUACAAACUGGGCAGAGACAAACCUGUUUUUUAUGCUCUAGAGGGAUCUGUUGCAAUAGCUGGUGCUGUUGUUCGUUGGCUGAAGGACAAUCUAGGUAUUGUUAAGUCCUCACAAGAAGUUGAAAAAAUGGCUGCAGAAGUGGGGACUUCUUAUGGCUGCUACUUUGUGCCAGCAUUUUCAGGACUGUAUGCACCAUACUGGGAACCCAGUGCAAGGGGUAUUAUCUGUGGCCUUACUCAGUUUACAAAUAAAAACCACAUUGCCUUUGCUGCACUAGAAGCUGUCUGCUUUCAAACACGAGAGAUUUUAGAUGCCAUCAACAAGGACUGUGGCAUACCACUACAUCAGUUACAAGUAGAUGGAGGAAUGACCUCUAACAAACUCCUCAUGCAACUCCAAUCAGACAUCCUCUGUAUUCCAGUAGUAAAGCCAUCAAUGCCUGAAACAACAGGUCUGGGAGCUGCUAUGGCAGCAGGAGCUGCAGAAGGAGUUGGAAUUUGGAGUCUGAAUCCUGGAGAUUUGACACCAGUGACAUGUGAACGAUUUCAACCACAGAUCAACCCAGAAGAGAGUGAAUUUCGCUUUGCCAGAUGGAAGAAAGCUGUGAUGAAAUCUAUGGGCUGGGAGACAUCUGAAGCUCCUGCAAAUGGUGGAACUAGUAUCUUCUGUAGUCUGCCUUUGGGUUUUUUUAUUAUGAGUAGCAUGAUAAUGUUAAUCGGAGCAAAGUACAUCUCAGGUGCUGGUAAAUGAGACUGCUCAAUGGACUCUGGAUGCAGCUGAUUUUUUGUUUCGUUUUGGUUUAUUGUCUAAAGAGAUUCUUCCACCAAUGUGAUUAUACUGCUUGUGUGUCUUAAUCCAUUCAUGAAUCUGUUGCCAGUCCCUGAGUCACCUCCCAAAGGUACACUGAAACUUAAGGCUUCAGUCUUUCUCCACUCUUCUGCCUUCCCCAUCUGCUCUAACUGCAAUUGAGGCCUUUGCGUGGACUAUCAUCUCACAUCAUCCGCUGAAAUUUUGCUGGCCCUAGCUUUGUUUGAGGAAGUUGUUAUAAUAAAACCCCACAACUUCUGAGGUAAUGUCAUGUGUUUAGGUAUCCUUUUCAGGGCUUUGGUACUUUAUACAAUGCAUUGCAGGAACUUAAUGAUGCACUACAGAACUUCAUAAACAUCUUCAAAUUCUCCCAGCUGCUGUGAAUUACCUAUCAUAUGUCUGUGGUUGCAAAAAAUAUUUUAUGCUAGCUACUGCUGGUCUGAAAUACCUUCAGUGGUACAAACCUUUUAAACACUAACUACCUUUUAAACACUAGAUCAAAAUGUAUUCUCAGUAGCACACAUUGCCUCUGGUUAGGCAAUGAAAAGGUUGCUCAUACGGUUCACAGAGGGCUAUUGAAAUGAUCAAUCACAAAGUUAAAAAGUUUGGUUUGGCUUCUGGCAUAUGUAGUCAGUUUGUCCAUUAUAAGUAUUUAAGACACUAAGUCAUGUAGUUGUACCUCUAAAAAGAGAUAGGAGUAAAUAGAUGUUCUGGUUAAGACCAUGUAUCAUGUUGUUUUGUGUUUGGAGAGACAAAUUUAAUAUAGCAUGCUAUUGCCAGGACAGCUUCUUGGUCCUCUGCAACUGGAAACUCUUUAAACUACCCUGUGCAAUGCACUUUUCUUGACCAAUCCCACAUAUAUUCUGUCAUCCUGCUUAAGGAUAUUUUAGUGAUUGUUAAAUUAAACUUUCAAAGUUAGAGAUAACUUAUUUUUCUUUAAGAGGGUCCAUUCCCAAAUUUAAUACCACUGCUUGAGUUCUUGAUCUCACUUAGUAUAGCUCAGGGACCAAAAUCUCCCUUUCAAUUUCCAUGUCCAUAUUUUUAACAGCAAAUUGUCACAAAAUAUGCUGGUACAACCCAAACCCCUAGCUUGGAAGAGUAAGCACUUGGCGCCUGAAAUGGGCCACUGGAAUUUACAGACAAUGUGUGACAACUGAGUUGCUUCCACUUUGAAACUCUUUGUCCUCCAUAAGUACAGGAGUGAGACAAAUAACCUUAUCUUCAGCUUUCCUGUUUGUAUGCCAACAGCAUGACAAGUGCCAGCCUUACUGGUUACAGCAGAGGAAAUAUGUUCUUGUGUAGCGUCUUUAGAUCAGUAUAGAGUGUUAGCAAGGUUACAUGUGGGAACAACAUGGAAAAUUUCAAAGUGUUUAAAUGCACUAGGAGUUAAAGGGAGCGGUUUUUUGUGUGCAUUUGUUCUUGUGGAUUUUUGUCGUCAAAAAUUGUCUUUAACAAAGUUUGGUUUUCUUUGUUAAGCUUUGAUUAGAUGCUUAGUUUUUUAAAAAAAUGUUAUAUAUGUGUGUGUCUAAAGCAAUGGAUUGCACAGAAGUUCAGGUCUGUACAAUAUAUUUAAUAUCAAAUGCAUAUCAAUUGCCUUUUUACUGUCAAGUGCAAUGACCUUUGAAAAUGUGACUUUUAAUUAAGAAGUUAGAGAAGGAUCAUUUUUCGUCCUGUGGUUAUAUGUGUAAAUUAAACAGACAGGAUUUUUGUGCACAGGUGAAAAUAUAACAUCAUCACUCAAAUCCUGUAUCUCCUAUAAAUACUUAAAUGUCAAGUGUGACAACUAAAAUUUAUGAGUUUUCCAGUUUGUAUUGCAGAGGUGAAAAAAGAGUGAAAAAUUAACAUGAACCUAUAGAAAAAUCUUUAUACUCCUUACCUUUACUCGAAGCUGUUGCUGAUUCCACCUUAUCCCAAGCAACAGGAGUAGCAGCAGCUUUUGGAGCACAUGGGAGGAGCACAGCACCCACCUCAAAUACUGGACUUCUGGGUAUGAUUUCUUGCCAAAAACAUGGAAGCACUGAACCUGGGAACGAUGAAUGCUGAAGUGUUGCCUUUGCCAGUGAUGUGUAUGACAGGAGGAGAGGGUAGCACAUAAUCUGUAGGAGAGGGAUUUUUUUGCUGCUUUUCUGACUUAUCUUUUACUGGGAAACACAGUCCCUCUUUUUCACUGAGUAAAAAUCAUUAUUUUAUUUACAAUUGCCGUUGCAAAUAUUUUUUAAGAAUUUCACACCACUGUUAACUUUCUACCAACAUAGUUGAAAUAUAUUGUUAACUGUGUGUUGUUCAAACUGUUGAAAGUUGGCUUUUUGAGAAGCUGUGAUUUAUUUUUUCUAUAAAUUACCAGAUUUAUAAAUUCUUACUUGAGAAAUGCAUUAAAUUGGUAUUUAAAAUACCAUAAAUAAAUGG